GUAUUUUUUUUUGGCCAUAGCGUUCAAAAAUUUCUAACUUAUUAUCAUCUAAUUUAUCUAGUUUGUCCACACUUCGGUUCGGGCCCUUCUUCUAGAUUUCAAUAUCAUAAUGGCGGAAAACAGAAGAGGAGACUCCUUUGCAUCUCCCAAACCAAUGUUGGGACCUUCUUCUUCUUCUUCGAAACCUUGGACGGAGUCGAUGGGCAGAAAAUUGGAAAGGGGAACAUCGGAUUCGGUGGGAAAGGAUUCGACGCGCGCUCCUGGGAGGCAAUCAACGCGGGGCGGGUCGAUAGAAAGAGGAACGUCGGAUGGGCGGUCAUUUGGGUCGAAGUCGUCGAUAAGGGAGAGAGUCUUGAGAAUGAAGAGCUUCAAUGCAAGCAACAGACAGUUUAGCAAACUGAGAGAUUCGAGGUGGAAUACGGUGAAGAGGAAAUUUCGCCGGUUUGCGAAGAUAGUGACGAGGGCUCGAGACAAACUGUUUGAAUGGGACAAGAGCGGACAGAAGAAGCACGUCAAGGCGGCCGAGGAGACACUCGACACCUAUCACGAGUCCUAUCUGUACGGCCACGUGCCCUUCACCAUUCGACUCAGGGCCGCUCUCAGAGUGGGCAGAGUGGGGAACACUUUGGCAGUGGUGGAGUUUGUCCUAGCGCUGUUAUCAGUGGGAUUAUACAUUCGCUCCACAUACACAACAUACCAGCCAAUUGUGCUACCAGUUCUGGAAGCGGUGGCAAGUGUCUAUUUUGUCCUUGAUUAUAUCCUCAAAUUGUAUAGGUGAGUUCUCCCUGUAUCAUUUGAGAGAGGAUCCUCUUCAAGGGUAUACAUUCGUGGAGUGUUUAGUGGUCACAUU